AUUAAUUUCCUGGUAGUAUAUGUGUUACGGUACUAUCGUAAUUAUAAUCGAACUCUAUUUUAUUUGGAAAGCCACAGUAUUUCCAAAAUGAAUGCUGGCAAACGGAUUAACGCUGGGGUGGGGCAGCAGCGACCACCCCGCUAUAUUUCCACUCGACCGUCGUCGUCAUAAAUUAUCCGCGAGUACCUCCCAAGGUUGAUCUUAGCCUCCCAACCUACAAAUCAGCUAUUGUUGAGAUGUCGAUAUCGGGCUACAACAUCAGAGAUACUGUGAAGAAGGGCUUGCAGUCGAAAGGUGCAGAUGGAAAGCCUAAAGAAGGUUGGCGAGGGGGGGUUUUCAAGGAUCGUGAUCAAAUCUCAGGUUUGAUGGGAAGGGUCAAAGGCCAGACGACUCAGUCCAAUACAUCCGAAUAUGUAGCACGGCCACUUAGCUCAUUGAAAGAUCCCAACUCGUUUGGGCCGCCACCAAAGAAGAACAGUUACUCCCAGCAGUCAACCACAACAACCCCAAUUGGAUCCCAAAAUGGGCCCUCUGCAGCAUAUGGUCAACAAAUUGAACAAGAAUCGGAAGAGCCGAAGGCCCCAGAGCCGUAUCGUAGGGAUACGACAGGGUUGUCCACUUCUCACCUCCCCCCGCCUCCAGUAAGGAGAGCAGAUGGAGGGGCUACGGCGCCGAAAGCAAAACCAUCCCUCCCGCCACGGUUACCUCCCAGGCAAAAUGAAAAUCCAAGCUAUCAUACACCGCCGCCCCCACCAGCUUACCAUGAAGCUACGUCGGAACCACCGGCACAUAGGGGAAUAUUAAAUCAAGGUUCUCUCAGCAGGCUCGGCGCUGCAGGUGUGAGUGUCCCAGGGUUCGACAUCGGACCAAAGACUACCAAACCAGCGGCCAAACCACCGCCUCCUAUACCUUCUAGAAAGUCGACUCUGACAGACAAAUCACCUUCGCAUGAUACUCAGGUGAACGCGCUGCAGUCUCGUUUUUCCCAGAUGCGGAAUUCCUCCCCCAAAGAGCCAGCCGCUCAGGGGACAACCUGGGCCGAAAAACAGUCCGCUUUAAAGACAGCAUCCUCGUUAAGGGAUAACCCAUCAUCAGUAUCUUUCUCAGAUGCCCGAAAUGCUGCGUCAACAUUCAAUAAUUUUAGAGAACGGCAUGGCACGCAGGUAGCCUCUGGCCUGAAGUCUGCGAAUGCAUUGAACUCGAAAUACGGUCUUGCCGACAAAGUCGCAUCACACGAUGGUCCAAGCAAGCAAGUCGAGCCAGAGUAUGACGACGGCCCAAUAUUAAUGGAAGAUAAAACCGUGCCUCCAGCUAAGAAGGCGCCUCCGCCACCUCCGAAGAAGAAGCCUGGACUAGGUGCGCCUGUCGACAGCUCCGGAGGGCCUCCUCCAAUACCACUUGCAAGCAAACCAAAGCCUUCAGUUGUACCAAAAGCGACCCCCAAAAUUGAAGAUUUUGAUCUAGAUCUCGAGAAACAAUGGUUCGCCAACCAGCCUAUCGUAUUUCCACCCGCUUCCAUAGAGCAAGUUCCUGGAUCUCGGGGUUACAGAUAUUCCUCUGGCUGGAGCUCUAACGGUGUGAGGAAAACAUGCACUUUCAAUGGCCUGGUAAUAUACAAUACGCUGGCUUAUACGAAGAUCCACAUAACUUGGGACGCCAGCAACCCGGGAUUGACGGUCAAAUCAGAACAGAAGCACUUCCCACCGCCGAUUCUUCCAUCCAAAUCGCAGCUAGACAGCUACCAACAACAGUACUCUGAAAAACUUGCUCACUGGUGUGAACUGCAAAUGGGAACCCAAGUCGGCAAUGGCGAGUGCUGGACGCUGGCAAAUAAUGGCCUCAUUGCCGUUGCGUCUGCUUUCACUGAUCGUGGUGAAGAACCCUGUAUGGCAAGUCAGGGGUACGUGCAUGGUGCUCUGCUCUAUGAAAAGAUUGGACGUAAGCACCCUGAUCCUCCUGGCGGGGUCCUAGCGGCUGGGGUUGCCAGGGGCGAUAUCCUUCAAUUCUGGAAAGCGCGUCUCGAAGCGAAAAAUGGAAGGAGUUGGAAGAGCGCAGGGGCACCAGAUCAUACUGCUGUGAUUACAAGAGUGGAAAACAACGGCGUUUUGAAGACUCUUGAGCAGAAUAUGGGCGGCGUGAAAAUUGUUAAAGAGGGAAGUUAUGACGUGGAUGAGUUGGUGGAAGGUGAAGUGAGAAUCUUCAGGGCCGCUGGUGUUAACUGGGUAGGCCCGUUGGAAGCAACAUGGCCCUGAAACAAUGCGAGUUUUAAGCGUUCAAUUAUUAGCUUUUAUGUAUCAAUAAACCCUUUGACCUGG